UCUAGUCCAGCAGAUGAAGCGGGUAUGUCACACCUCUUGUUGUCGUUGGCCGUAAAGCUGGUACAUUACCUCCACGGCUCCUAAUUCCUGACAUGACGCGUCCCGGGGUGCCCCCUAUACUGAUUCGAAAUAAUAGGAGAAGGAACUCAAGGAAGCAAAAGCGAAAGAGAAUCAACCCAUCGACAUCUUUGCACUGGCUGGCGUUAACAUCCCAACUGCAUCAGGAGGAGGCGGGCGACCACGCGUCGAGAGGUCAUCAGCAAACAGCGGACCUCGCUCCGGCAUCGCUAGAAGACCGUCCCAGAUAUCGACCGUUACCAGUCCAACUAGACCAAAUGAGCGCACCGAGGAUAGUAUCACCAGCCCAGGAGGGGAAAAGAAGCUAAAGCGUUCCUCAAUGGCAGUUCGCAACGCGGCGCAGGGAAAUAGUUUGGACGCCUCGGAGAGAUCUGUUGGUCGUGGCAGACAACUUUCAAUUGGCUCGGUCACAUCUUCGGCCUCGACGCCGAGCCAUAGCAUGGCUGAGAGUCCUGUUACGGCCACUCCUCCAACACCUAUCCCAUCGCCAAGGAACGAGGGCUUAACUAAACAGGACGUCAAUGACAAAUCGCAGUCGCGCCCAGUACAGCGCGUACGCGACAUGACCCACAAUGUCCAUAGCCGUUCUGGAAGUGUGGACGAAAACGAGGAGAUGGUCCUGGACAUGUACGGGCGCUCAAUCCCUCGUUCCCGUCGUCAGUCUUCGGACGAGGGCUCGGACUAUGGCGCCGAUAACAACCGUUCGAGAAGACGGCGCCGGUCCGAUAUCGAAGACGAUUACCGCAACAGCUAUUAUUAUCCAGAACGAUAUGAGCCACGUCAUCGAUCUCGAUCGCGAUCCCUCUCGCGCUCGUCCAAGAGACGCAUCAUCCGUCACUCUCGCUCUCGUUCUGUUAGCCCUUAUUACCCACAGACGAGGGAGAGGGGGUAUUCCAAGAGACGCGAAGACGACCGGGACUAUGAGCGAGAUCCUCGUCCAGAGCACGAGAGCUAUCGAGCUGAUGGUCCAGAGCUUGACCCUUAUAUGGCGGCUAGCCGGUAUCUGGACACAGCCUUUUAUCCGACAAAGAUUUAUGUUGGUAACCUGCCGGAAUCCGCAACGUUAACCACUCUUCGGACUGCAUUUGGACCCUUUGGUGAUAUUGAGGACAUGAACCUCGUGGAAGGCAAAGACUUUGGAUUUGUGACUUACAAAGACCCCGAGGCCGCACGCGAAGCUCUGCAAAAGAUGAAUGGAUCCACCUUGGAUGGCGUGGAGAUUCGGGUGAACAGGGCAAAGAUUCCCGAGAGAAAUCGUCAUGGAUUUGCUGGAGUCGCGUGGAUGGAUGAGGACGGCGAAUUGGCAAAGUUGGAGGAAGAGCAGCACAAACAGGCGGCUGCGAUUGCUAAAACGAUCCUGGGACCAGGACUUGAUACUGGAUCAGGUUCUGCUUGUUCGCCCUUAUCCAGUCCUGCUACCUUUGUUACUACGGCAUAUGGUACUCGCGGUCAACCUUUGUCGAUCUCCACGUCCCCAGUUGACAAGCCCGCGCGAGCCGUCCACCAGCUCCCGCCUCGACCAAAAUUGCCACCCAAGCCGUCAGUAGAAUUUCCUCCUGUUGGCGCUGAUCCACGAGCAGCCAUUGCGGCUCGAGGAGGCGGUCGACAGAUUUUGACGUAUGAUGACCUGUAGUGCAGCUGCAGUCCCGUUGUCAAGUUGUCCUUUUUCUCUUUACCCCUUUCAAUGGUUCCUUUUUGUCCAUUGCCUUCGUAUCUGUAUAUUUCUUUCAUCCCCACUCUGCCUACAAAUCCUCUCUUCCCCUCCCCAUAAAUCUGUACACGUCUUCGGUCCCUACUCAGGGCGCCCAAUAAAAUGUAUCAUAAUC